AUGAGGGAGCUCCAUUUAACCCCAUCCCCUCCAUCAUCACUAGCACAGAGACCAACUCCAUCCUCUUUAUUUUAUCUUUCACAUUCCUUUCCUUCAUAUAGAGGUGCUAAUACACCCCCUCCAACUUCUGUUGUGCCAAUUCAAGGGGCAUCACCACAUCCUUGGAAAAUCCCAAUUUCAACACGUAGUUCAAUUCCUUCUUCAAGAUGCCCUAUUAGACCAUUAAAACAAACUAACUCUUAUUGUAGUGUUGAGGAAAUAAAAGAAGGUAAAAGGCAAAGAUUAAGUUGUUCUAGUUCAAAUGAAAGUAAUGGUAGAAAGAAAGGAAAUAUUUAUAUUGAAAAAGGAAGAAAUUAUAAAGGAGGAAAUGAAGAGGAAGACGAUGAGGAGGAGGAAGAUGAUGAGGAGGAGGAAGAUGAUGAGGGUGAUAAUUAUUAUGAGAAAGCACCUACUUCACGUCCUUCGAGUGCUAUGAAUUUGGUGAAAGUUAAAAAGGUUGGAAACAAAUUUUAA